CGCGUCGACGCGCGGCGGCGGGGUUCGGAUCGAUGCGGCACGCGCUUCGCGUCGCGGUCCUCGUGGCGAUGCUCCUGCUCGCGCUCCUGGCGGGCGGGGCCGCCUCGGCGUCCGGGAAGGAAGAGGAGAGGCGCGGCGAGGAUGACGAACCCAUCCCCGCGCUCGAGCCGGUGUGCUCGAGCGGGUCGAACGACGACGUCGGGCCGGUGCGUCAGAUUAAGUUCGGCGAUAAGGUCGCGCUCGACGACCUCGGGCCCAUCAUCGUCAACGACGACUGCACGAUGCGACGCAUCGAAAACUGGCCCAGGAUGACCGAUCGGGAGAGGCGGGGCACGCAGAAGCGAGUCUCGGAGAGAAACGCCGCGAGGCUGGCGAAGUGCAGGGACGAUUACGCGAAGGCGGGCAUCUGGCACGACGCCUACUCGGACACGGAGUAUAAGUGGAAGGGGCCAUCGCGCGGGCGGGAUCCCGAGAACGAACGAAAGGACGAGCCCUGAUCCAAAGCGGUCGUCGCGCGUUAGGUAGCACACGUAGGCUUGAAACGAGGAGGC